AUGGCUUCUUCAUUCCUCCACCUUGGGCUUCUCACCAGUGGCAUCAUUUUGGAUGUCGGUGGCCCAGAGGGUAAGGUUGUCCCUAAGCAGCUGCAUGAUGAGGGUGCUGUCUUUGUAGCUGUCCUCGCUGACGCUGUCGAACUCCGUGAUGGCCUCGUCGAAGGCGCGUUUCGCCAUUUCGCAGGCCUCAUGCGGCUUGUUGAGGAUCUCGUAGAAGAAGACGGAGAAGUUCAGGGCAAGUCCAAGGCGGAUAGGGUGGGUGGAUUUCAGCUCGGUCUCUGCGAUCUCCGUGGCCUUCUGGUAGGAUUCCUUGGCAGAGGUUGA